AUGACUCCAGCCAAGGAGAGUAUUACUCGCGUAUUGCAUCUUCUAGAGCCUCCAGCGCGACUGACAGGAAUAGUGGCAUCUGGGUUCGGCAGAGGCUCCAAGCUGUUGGGGUACCCUACGGCUAACAUCACUUCAGAUAGCCCUGCAGUUGCUCAGUUCUUGGAGGCAGCGGAAACUGGUGUCUACCUCGGUUUCGCCCAAGUCCGAUAUGCUAAGGAGUGCUCUGCAUCAAAGGGCGACCGCGAGGUUCACCCGACAGCGCUGAGUGUAGGGGUGAAUCCAAGCUUCAAUGAUGUCAAGGAGAAGCUGGUGGAAGCCUAUAUAAUGCAUCAGUAG